GUUCGAGGGGGCGACCACGCCGGAGAUGCAGCUGCCGUCUCCACGGGACUGUGUUCCUAGACCGCCUUCUACGAUAACGAGGGAAGAUGAUCUUAACGACGUUUGUGGUCCUCCUGAUAGCCAGAUGGUACUAUAGGUCCCGUUCAGGGAGGUGCAAUUCGAAAGAGCGACUGGCCGGGAAGACUGUCAUAGUGACUGGUGCUUCUUCAGGAAUUGGGAAGGAAGCAGCCAGGGAAUUCGCCAGCCGAGGCGCCCGAGUCAUCCUAGCAUGUAGGAACCUCAUCAAGGCCAGGAAAGUUGCCGCUGAAAUCAUCGGCCAUACGGGUAACAAGGAUGUCUUCGUCGAAUAUCUCGACACGUCGAAUCUCGACUCAGUCCGUCUUUUCUGUCGACAGAUUCUGCGGAAUGAGGAGCAUUUACACAUCUUGGUAAACAAUGCCGGGAUUGUAGGUCCUCAAGCGAAGCAGGUCACGAAAGACGGGCUGGAACUGACGAUGGCGACCAAUCACUACGGACAUUUUCUGCUGACGAAUCUGCUCCUGGAUCGCAUGAUCGCCAGCGGCCCAGGACGAAUUAUUAACGUGUCCUCUGGGAUCCACGUCAUCGCGCGCAAGAUAAACCUCCGCGAUCUGAACUUCCUGGCGUCGAACUACAGCCCCACGUCGGCCUACGCCCAGAGUAAGCUCUGCAAUAUCCUGUUCACGAAGGAACUUGCUGAGAAACUCGAAGGAACGGAAGUGACAGCCAACAGCCUCCACCCUGGCGCCGUUGGAACCGACUUUUUCAGAAAAGGCGAGUUCCAGCAGACUUGGUAUGCUCGGGUCGUCAACGGAGUUCUCAGCUUCGUGGUGCAUUUUGCUGGAAAGACGAGUGAGCUGGGUGCUCAGACGACUAUCUACUUGGCUGUGUCUAAAGAUGUUGAAAAGGUUUCUGGGAGAUAUUUCGAGGACUGUAAGUUGUCAUCGAGUUCGUGGCUGGCUCAAGACCGACGGGUAGCCAAGGCGCUGUGGGAAGUCAGCGAAGCCGAUGUUCAGCUGCGCCCCCGAGAGGAGCAUUACUGAACCAAUUCUGUAGCAGUGUUCAUUUGCUAGUCUAAAGCGUUCUUUAGUUAUUACGUGCUUCAGAGUUUGCUAGCAGCUUCUUCUUACUUAGCUAACGGUUUGUUCCUAGUUGACUAGCUUCGAGGAAGCGUAUAAGGGUGGAUAUCUUGCAUGGAUAUCUUGCAACUUCCGGCUGAAGGGGGACACCUGUAAUGUAAGGUCAAUGU